CAACCAAACAGACGUAAAUAACAGAGACAAGAAUUGGUUGUCUCUGUAAAUAAUUCAAUACUUGGUCGGAAAGAUUUUUUUUUAUUAUUAUAAAACUAUAAUUUGAAACAAUCGAAACCGUUUCAGAUAAAGUUCCUCCUAUUAUAUUUUUAUCCACUAAUAGCUAAAAUGGCCGAUAUUCGAGAUAUUAUGGAGUUGGAGAGACCUCCAACUCCAGAAGUCACUAAGGAAUUCAUCUUAGGAAACGAUAAGCCUAAAAAAAAAUUCACAAAUGUUCCAAAGGCUCCUAAACGUCCCGAAGGAAUGGCUCGAGAGGUUUUUGCUCUAUUGUACAAUGAUACGAAGGAUGCUCCUCCUCUGUUUCCUACAGAUACUUGUUACAAGCAAAAAAUUGACUUGACAAUGCGUAAGCCACGUAAAUGGGCUUGGAUGGAAUUCAAAAAUCCGGCAAGAACAGAUGGUGCUACGUUCUAUCAUUGGAGACGACCUUCUGACGAACCUAAAGAGUAUCCGUUUGCUAAGUUCAAUAAAAAAAUUGAUAUUCCUACUUACACUGAUGCAGACUAUCAGCAGUACCUUAAAGAUGACAAAUGGUCAAAGGAUGAAACAGACCAUCUUAUGGAUUUAGCUGGAAGAUUUGAUCUCAGAUUUAUCUUAAUGGCUGAUAGAUUUGAUAAAGAAAAAUUUCCUACCAAAAGAUCUGUCGAAGAUUUGAAAGAAAGAUACUUCAAAGUGAUAGGGGUAUUAGCUAAGUUGAACGGAGAUAAAAAAAUUUAUACAUAUGAUGCUGAUCAUGAAAGACGAAGAAAGGAACAGUUGAAGAGACUACAUGAAAGGACAACUGAACAGAUUGAAGAAGAACAAUUUUUACUGGGUGAACUAAAGAAGAUAGAGGCCAGAAAGAAGGAAAGGGAACGUAAAACUCAAGACUUGCAAAAACUUAUCAGUCAAGCGGACAGUCAAGUUGAGACGCCGAAAAAGAUAGACAAGAAGUUACCCAAGAAAAAACUGACAAAUCCUUCUCGUCCCUCUAGAGUCGAUACAACUCAGCAUAUUUUACAGGCCAUAGAAACCGCAGGGAUUAAAUUUCCAGAUUAUAAAAAUAGUGGUGUUUCUUUACGAUCUCAGAGAAUGAAAUUACCUGCAAAUGUGGGUCAGAAGAAAUCCAAGGGAAUUGAACAAAUGAUUCAGGAAAUGGGAUUAGAAUUGAAUCCAACUCCAACAGAAGAGGUCUGCAUGCAUUUCAACGAACUUAGAAGCGACAUGGUCCUUCUAAUGGAAUUGAAAUCGGCACUUGCUUCUUGCGAGUUUGAAUUGCAAUCAUUACGGCAUCAGUAUGAAGCUCUGAACCCAGGAAAGACCCUCAAUAUACCACCACAGUUGCUCUCAUCUUCAGAAAACGAUAGUAAGCAGUUCAACUCUGGAGAGAUCAUCGAUGUUGUUGGUUCUCCGGGCAAUCCAAACACUUAGCGAUUAAGAAUUAAGUUCAAAGUUAUCAUUUCCGACUUACCCCUUUACUUGUGACUGUUAAUAUGAGGCCUUUUUCCUUGAUGAUUGUAUAUUUGUAUAUAGCUCUUACCCAUGAUUGGUUGUAUUUUAAAAGUUCUUGUACUCAUUCUUUCAAUAAAGACUUCAACAUUUUUAAAAA